UUAGUUUAGUAAAAGUGCAGAAUAAUACAAGUAAAAUGCUGAAAGUAUUGUUUUUCGUGCUUUUGCCUGUUGUGCUAAGUGCGAGUGACUGUGACGGUCCUGAGUGCGAGAUUCGAUCGAAACUACACAGAUUGUCUUCAGGGGAAGCUGCUGAAGCACAUGCUAGACCUUUUCAGGUGGCUCUAUACCUGCGAGUGGGCGCCUCGGGGCCGCUGGGCUUCUGCGGGGGCGCCCUAGUGAGCCCCCAGUGGGUGCUGACCGCGGCUCACUGCUGCUUCCACCAGGGGACGCAAGUGGACCAUGUGCAGGCAGUACUAGGCGCGCACUCGCUCUACUCCCGGUUCGAGAACGGGCGGCGCGUGGUGGCCGUGGACGCCGUGGUCGCGCAUCCGGAGUGGGAUGCCCCCGGCUUCCACCACGACAUCGCGCUGUUGCGACUGGCCAACACCGUGCAGCUUACUGACACAAUAGACGUGGUGCGGCUGCCGUACCUCAGCAUCUCAUCGUUCAACUUCGCUGGACUGCCGGCCCUGGCGUCCGGGUGGGGCAUUCCGGCUGAAGGUGUAAAUUUCCUCUCGCCGACUCUCCGACAGAAGCGUUUAUCAGUGAUCACGGACAGUCUCUGCAACAGCGUCUACUCUCAGCAACUGCCGGACAACAUCAUCUGUGGCCUGGACAUCCGGGAUGGAGCCGGCACUUGCAAGGGGGACAAUGGUGGUCCAUUAACAAUCUUCUACAAUCAGACUGAGGAACAUAUUUUGGUUGGGGUGGCGUCGUUUGUGGGCGUCGACGGCUGCACCAUCGACCGACCCUCGGUCUUCACCCGCGUGCAGAGAUACCUGCAGUGGAUCUCCGACACCGCCGGGAUUCCACUCCAGUGACACCAUAAUAAUACGGAUAAAAUAUUGAUUAGAAUAAUAUAUUAUUUAUCAUA